ACAUGUAUGUUGUGUGCAUAAGUCUUCUGUAGUGUUGUUACUACAUAACCCACCACCAGCCCAUUGAUCAUAUCAACGCGAGGAACUGCGCUUGUUUCAUACUAAACUCUCAACAAUCACAUACCAUAAACUAAUGAUACAAACUCUCUCCAAAUGACUUCUCUUUCACCUUCAAUGUCUUCAGAGACAUAAUACUUCAUUCUCUGCAGAAAUUAGGUUUCAUCUCCAAUAAUUAGUGGCUGCAACCUACUGCAGAUGCCUUUUCGCUUACUGUAUGUAGCCAAAGCCCAUAUCUAUAACGGUCUGUCUUAGAUGAAGACAGGCAGUACAUUAUCACCUUCAAAACAAGACUAGCACUUAUAUCCAUAUUUCAACGUAACAUGGCAUACGGACCCAGAUAGAUGAGGCCUGGCUACUCAUCAAUCUCAACCACAACCAAGCCAAGUUACCGAAUGAAGCCUUGCGUUUUCCUGUCUGGUUUGAUUUGGGGUUGAACUCUAAUGGAAAGGUGCCGUAUGAUUAUCCUGUCUUAAGAGUUUAUAGGAGUAACACCUAUAAGGAAUAACGACUCUAUAGUAAUUAAUGUUAACAAAUGUAUGUUUUUGUUACUUGUAUCAUACUGUACACUAUGGUACAUAGUACAGUACACUAAAUAUUACACCUAGUGAUAUACAUAUGUAGGAACGUAAUUUGAGCCGGUUUGCUACAGCAGGGAAAUAAUCCUGCAGCAAUAGGAAAUGUGAAUUAUUAUGUGAAUUAUAAUUGACAUUUUUUGUAGGGGUUUAUAUAUUUUUCGUUAGGGCAAAUCAAGUCUUGACGUUUUAAAGUGGAAAUUAGAAACUGUUAAUACAAUACAAGUUUGCAUUUUUCCUGCAAUGAGUGAUAAAUUAAGAUCCUACAUCUGUAGCCUAUUAGUAAUUUGGUUAUUUGGAUGGCAGUCGUUUGACUUGACAGGGUAAUGAUGUGGUAUCUUUCUGCUUAAAUCUUCAUUAUAACCUUAAACCAAUCACUGUAAAGGUUGCUAACGGUGGGCUCAAUAAUCAAUCCACUGAUUGGAUGCCCCUAUAUUCUAAUAUGGUCUGGUCUAUAUUCUAGUAAUAUAGACCAUAUAUUCUAGUAAUAUAGACCAGAUCCUUCUCUCAAAAUGUGGUUCCUGUAUGGUAAAUCUGGGACUAAACUAUGGGAAAAUUGUAAUGUAUUUUUGAAGCCUCGUUUGUGGUUUAUUUGUUGUUGCAUAUUUUACAGCAUUAAGAUCUGUGGGAAAUUAUGACCACUGCCACAGGUCAAUGACGUUGCAAGGGGCAAGCAAUGCUGAGAAAUUUGAUUAUGUCAUGAACUUCAUGAACAAGCUGGCAGGAAACGAGUAUGUGGGUUUCAGCAAUGCCACAUUCCAGUCAGAGAGGGAGUCUGGAGAUCGUAACUUUGCUAUCGGCUACUACCUUAAGGAGAAGAAGUGCUUUCCAGAGGGGACAGACAUGACCUCCAUUUUAGACCUCUACUUCCAGCUGUGCUCCAUCGAGGUGACCUGUGAAAGCGCUAGCGUCAUGGCGGCCACCCUGGCCAAUGGCGGCUUCUGUCCAAUCACAGGCGAGCGCGUGCUGGGCCCAGAGGCGGUACGGAACACCCUGAGCCUCAUGCACUCCUGCGGCAUGUACGACUUCUCGGGACAGUUCGCUUUCCACGUUGGACUUCCAGCUAAGUCGGGCGUGGCAGGGGGCAUCCUGCUGGUGGUGCCCAACGUCAUGGGUAUCAUGUGCUGGUCCCCUCCACUGGACAAGCUGGGUAACAGUGUACGAGGAAUCCAGUUCUGCACGGAUCUGGUGUCCCUUUGCAACUUCCACAACUACGACAACCUGAAGCACUUUGUCAAGAAGCUGGAUCCUCGCAGGGAGGGCGGAGACCAGAGGGUGAAGUCGGUCAUCAAUCUUCUGUUUGCUGCGUACACUGGCGAUGUGUCUGCACUGAGGAGGUUUGCUCUGUCUUCCAUGGACAUGGAGCAGAGGGACUAUGACUCCAGGACAGCCCUCCAUGUGGCUGCAGCAGAGGGACAUGUGGAGGUGGUCAAGUUCCUGUUGGAGGCAUGCAGGGUCAACCCUGUUCCCAAAGACAGGUGGGGUAACACACCGAUGGAAGAGGCAGUGCACUUUGGACACCACGACGUUGUGACCAUGCUCCAGGACUACAACAACAAGUACAGUCCACCAGGGGGUGCCACUGAGGACAAAGAGAAGGAGAUAUCAGAGAAGAACAUUGAUGGCCUACUAUGAGCCAACUAAUACUCUUAUAUAUAUCCAUAGAAAUAAAAUAACUAGAACGGACGUUCCCAUUGAAAUUAUAUAUACGUGAUCUGAGCAGCUUGGUCCUUUCCAGUCAUUCUAUUUCUAUGUCCCCAUUAACUAUCCGUGUGUGGUCCCUUUGUCACGUCAGUGGUAGGUCACGUAUACUGUUGAUAAUACUGUAUUGUUGAUUUUGUAUAAAAGUAUUGUAUUUCUAGUAUAAAAAAAAAAAGACAAUGUGUUUUAAAAAAAUAUUGACCUUUGACUUUUUCCCGGAUGUUUUUUGGGUUGAUGUUUCCUUUCGCUUCGCUUUAUGUCAUACUGCUCACUGUGCAACUCUCCCUCAGUGUGUCAGCACUAUGUGUAAUGUAUUUUCUACAUUUAAGUGCACAAAACAUUUAUCUUUAUGUACAACAUUGUGUAAAACCUGAACGUAUCCAUAAGAUAACGUGUACAUUUAUGUAACGUGUGUUUAUCCCUGAAAGUAAUAUAUCAGAGGUAGAUGGAUUCAGUGUAAAUACUAUUUAAUCUGAAGUGAUUCUCACUGGCACACCUUUUACCAAUUUCCUUCAAAGUCCACACACUGCAUUAGGCUUAAGUUGGACUAUUUAUGAGGCAGAAUGCGUGAAACUAUUCCACACAUUCACAGAUCUAGGUAGCCUGGUUGCAAAGCUGUUUGGACUGUAUAUGGCACUGGCUAUACAGGCCAGACAGAUCUGGGACCACAGGCUAUCUAUGGUUUAAGACCUCUGGUCUUUUUGAUUUAGGCCUAGUAGCUUCAUAUGAAUUGAAAGUAUGGCAUUAUGUGGAAUGAGUUUAGUUUUAUUGGUUUGCUAUUUGAUAGCUAGACAUUUUUGCACCUUUUUCUCCAAAAUAACAAAAUAAUUUUUUGAUUGUUCUAUAAUCUUAUUUUAUUUAUUUUUUGAGUUGAAAGGGGGUUAUUUGUUUAAAAGUGUCAGCCAAAGCUUUUCUGUACGUUUGCUCCACCUGAAUAGUCUAGUUGGCAACUUUUUUAAAAAGCAUAUUAUACGUGAGCCGCCUCAGGAGCAAAAUAAUUCAACCAGCAGCCAUGUGCUCUUUACAGACAGUUCCCACCUAAGUCCAAUUUUAGGGAAAAACAUAACUCUUCAAAUCACUGAUUUAUCACUUCAUGGAUACAGCAGUGUCAAUGGUGUUGCUAUUAUGUCUUGUCACACAAGUUUACUUAUUUGUCAGAUAUUUGGUUUUACAUGGAUUUUAUCUUCAGUUAUAGACAGUGCAUUACACUUUAAUGAAUGUUUUUAGUUUGGAACAACUCAACGGUGGUCUUUAAAUCUUGCCAUGCUCACCCAAAUGCCUCUUUUGGGUAGAGAUAAAAUAGUUAUCCUUAUGGGCCUAUAUGUAAGCAGAUUCUACACAUAACUAAUGGUUCACUUUUUAUGCAGAUACGCAUAUUGAUUGUUUUAACAGAGUGUAAAAGUGUAAAAUAAACGUAUAAGCGUAUACUUGAAAAGUCAGGUUGUUUUGGUGAGAACUGUGUGUAUAUUUGUUUGUUAUUGACUAUGGGAGGGACAGCGACUACAAAUCUGGUAAUGACAGAGGACAUUGCCAUCAAAAUCUCAAGCCCUACACUAUUGUUCUAAAAGUACCUAAGGCAACUUACUUGUGAUUUGAUGAAUAUAUAUUUAUAUUGAAUAACUCAUCAAGUGUUCAGUGUUGCUUUCAUUGGAUUUGACUUGACUUUGUCUCCCCAGUCCCUGUUGCACAAGAAGCCUCGUACGUAUGAGUGUUUAUUGUUCCCCUGUGUAGGUGCAGGUCAACUUCAACAUUAACUAAUUAUUUUGAAUGUACCACAGGUGUAUACUGAUGUCAUCAGUUUGUUUUCAUUCAAGUAUAUCUGCUUUAGCUGUGUGUUGCAGGCAAUGGAGAUAUAUUUAUUUCAAUGAUCAAACAAUAAAUAAAGAACUUUAAAUAUGGA